GCUUUCAAUAGACGGCCGUGUACGUUACCAGCCAUUAACGAAAAUCUACGUCGAUUUCGCAGAUGGUUGCUUCAUCCUGAUGCUACAACGACGGUGUUUUCUGUGAGAAAAAGUGUCGUCUCAUGUGAACUUAAAACCUUCUUCCUUGUUUGUCAGUUCCUUUCAGAACGCGUAUUCGGAAGGCAAGAUGUCGGCUCCCACAAAUGCGCCGAUCCAGUCCACUGCGGGUGCUAUCCCGAUGAAAAAUGAGAAAGGUGAUCUUACUAUGCAAAAAGUAAAAGUCAGUCGCUAUGUAACUGGUAAAAGACCUGACUAUGCACCUGAUAGCAGCAGUGAUGAAAGUGAAGAUGAGUUUGUCCCUGUUAAAACGGAGCAGGAAGCCCCAUCAGUGGCGGAAAAAGAUGAAGGAACAGAAACUGUAUAUGAUCGUCGUCUUCAACGAUUACAGGGGCGUGACAUUGAAAAAGACGAGGAUGACAGAGUUGCCAGACAUCGACGGGAAGUGGAGGAACCUGAGCUUAUACAGGAGGGUUCAGACUCAGAGGUGGAAGGCAGGAAGAGAAGGGGUGAAGAAGAGGAGGAGAGCAGUGAAGAAGAAGAGGAAGAAUUAGAUGAAGAGGAGAUAGAACGUCGACGUUUACUGUUGAGACAGCGAGCACUACAGAGACAGGAGGAGGAGGAAGUCAUGGAUGUGGAGGAUGAGAAAAUGGAUGGAGAUAGCGAAGAGGAGUCGUCUGAGGAGGAGGAUUACACUGACUCUGAGGAGGAGACUGGUCCCAGACUGAAACCAGUGUUUAUCUUUAAAAAAGACCGAAUCACAACUUUAGAGAAAGAAAAAGAGGAAGCCAAGAAGAAGGAUUUGGAAUCGGAGACAAAGCGUCUAGCAGAGGAGAGGCGCAAACAGGCUCUUAAGAUGAUUGCUGAUGACAAUCGUCGUGAGAUGGAGGAAGAGAAGGGAACACUUGAUGCCUGUGAUGCACUUGACUCUGGUGAUGAUGAUGAAGAGGAGUAUGAGGCCUGGAAAGUAAGAGAGUUACGGAGACUGAAACGGGACAAAGAAGAGCGAGAAGCGGCAGAAAAAGAGAAACUAGAAGUUGAACGACUCAGAAAUAUGACAGAAGAAGAACGUCGUGCAGAGAUCAAGCAGAACGGCAAAAUUGUUACAAACAAGGCUCCCAAGGGCAAAUAUAAAUACCUGCAGAAAUACUACCACAGGGGAGCCUUCUUCUUGAGCCAGGAUGAUGAUGUAUAUAAAAGAGAUUUCUCAGCGCCAACACUAGAAGAUCAUUUUGAUAAAACCAUCCUUCCCAAAGUCAUGCAGGUCAAGAACUUCGGUCGUUCAGGCAGGACGAAGUACACCCAUCUUGUGGACCAAGACACAACUCAAUUUGACUCACCAUGGAUGACUGACACAGCACAGAAUCUCAAGUUCCAGGCGGGAAAGGGUGGAGGAAUGAAACAAGUGUUUGAAAGACCAUCCAACAAAAAACGGAAAUGAAUCUUACAUAUUCUACAUAUAAAAUGGAGGUGUUGCUAAAAUAUUGUUGUAACUUUUCCAGAUCUCGGUAGCUAUUCUUUUGUUGACACGACACAUGUUGAGAGAUAAAUCAUGUAGAGACUACAGUACUGUCCUGUUAUACUGUAGACUGUAAAUUCUUGUUAAAUAAAACCAGUUCACCCUCUUUCUGGGUGUAUGUUGCUUUCGAUAAUAAUGGGAUUUGAAAUAAUUUCAGUACCAUGUUGAAUCUCCCAACUUAUUGAAGUGGUUGAUUUUAUCAUUACCAUUCAACUUUUAUUUUUGCUCUUGAGUAAAUCUCUACAUGUGGGUGGUGACAGGUUUUACUGAGUUGUACUUAAUUCGGGUCAAUGCAGUUGUCAGCUGUAAAGUGACACUUACUUCAUUUAUUAUUUUGUUAAAUUAGCAAAUUUUGUCAUAUGGUAAUGAAAGCAAUUAUAUCAUAACCUAUGAUAGAUCAAUGAAGUAAUAGCAACAGUACGGAGAAGCGAAUUGUCAAAUUUUCAAGGCAACCUACCCCUUUAUCAAGACACAAAUAUCACAUAAAUUACAUCAGAUACAUAGAACAUUAAACAAACACAAAGUUAUAAAUCUAAAUAGAGAGUGGUGGUGUAAAUUUAGGUGUCUCGAUAAUCCCUUCAUAUAUAACUGCUUGUUAAGGAGAUGAGGCUAACACUAUCAUUUUUAUUAUCCUAUUUUGUUAUGUUUCAAGACCGAAGACCUAAUCGCUACUAAAUCAGGGGGAAAAAUCAGAAAAAAAAACAAGAUAUGAAUCCUCACAAGGAGAAGUUGGUUUUAAGUUUAUAAGUGUUGUGGACAGUCUGGCCCCAGGGAUGUGGACUUGAUCAGGACCUGAUGGAGCUCCACGUAGUUCAGCAAAACCGGUCAACAACACUAAUGAACUUGUUGUGAUUGUAACUUGCAUUGAUUGUCCCUAUUUCUCCAUCGCCCUUCAUUCUGGGUGGUAUCCAAGUCAGGCUUAUCUCUCACCUCGCACUAAUUUUUGAAAAAUCAGUAGAAAGAUAUUUCUGAUGAUAAUAAGGUAACUACCUGUCUGCUGAUUUCCAAAGAUACCAGUAAUUUCAGAUUACUUGUUUCAGACCAGUGAAUGGUGCAUUCAAAUUUAUCAUAUAUUUCUAAGGUACAUGUAGAAUGAUAAUUGGGAGAGCUAGAUCGAUGAAAGUGUCUGUUGUUGUUGUAUAUAUAAGGAUGCCUGUGAUUGUCUUGUGAGUAUAAUGAUGGUUAAACUGUGUGUAUGGUUGAAAUCUGUAUAUGUUCAAGAUCAUUUUCAAUAAAACAAUGUACAGAUA